CUCAAGAGAACCCCCCCAACAGCCGAACUCAAGAGAACCACUCCAACAGCCGAAGUCAAGAGAACCACCCCAACAGUCGAGGUCAAGAGAACCACUCCAACAGCCGAACUAAAGAGAACCACCCCAACAGCCGAAGCCAAGGGAACCACCCUAACAGCUGAACCCAUAGUCAAAACACCUACCUACGAGUUCCAAUCAUUACGAGCUUCCUUAGGACGACCUAAAACCCCAGCAUAUCAUGUGACGAGAGCUACAACACCUGUGUUUGAAAUCUCAAAACCCAAUCCCCUCCUGUUUUCAGUGUCACCAAUCACUCCAGACUCAGAGAGGUCAAACACAAAGCCUGAAACGUUACCUAAUGGAGACACUCAUUUGGAUUUAACAUCUAUAGCGAAACCAAUCCAACAGGAAAGCUCACUGCAGGCAAAGUCAGAGCCUGACCUAAUAAGAGAAGAGAUCCUAGGGGCUGCAACUGGCUCUCAGGGACUUAAACCUACAACAGCGGAGCCAGUAACAUUAGCAAAGUCUUCUCAUAGCUAUCAAAGGCCUAUGACUCCAACAUAUGAGGCAAAUCGACUCAUGACCGCCUCACCUGGGUAUAAAAGACCAAAGACACCGACUAGUGCAUCUCCUGUAGUUUUUCAGAGACCUAAAACUCCAAAUCAAGUAGCUACCAAGUCAAAGUCAGGCUAUCGUGGAUUGACACCGGCUGAAUAUGCUGCUUUUGGUGGAAUCAAAACCUACACUCCAGCAUUUGGAAUCUCUGGCUCAACUCAAUUAGAGGAGGUUAAAGUUGUAACAGAGGAAUCAGUCGAAUGUAAAACAUUUGCUCAGGAACCACCUGUAAAAUUACCUUCUACAGCAAAGGAGUCUAAAGCUACAGAAACCUUUAAGGACACUGUAGAUGAGAAGGCUUCAAUCACUGCUUCAAUCCCUAUGAUUAUUGUUUCUUCUGAUGUGUCAGAUGCAAAGUUACCACCAGACCAGAGUGUAUCAUCUAACCAGGUUCCAGUAAAACAAGAAAAAGUUUAUGUUCAUGAAAUGCCGAAGGCUGAAGCUCCAACAGCAGAGGUAAAAACUCCUGAGAACCAAAAAGCAGAAACAUCAGUUCAAGGAGUCACCAAACUAAAUACCCAAACCCCUGAAACAAAACCAACGCUGCCUCAAGGUCCCGACCAAGAUCCUCUGAAGGCAGUAAGAAAACUUUUAGGCAAAAGCAAACCUCCACCUGCAGAGUCGAUCGCUUCCCCCGAGAGUAAACCUGCAGAGCCAAGGUCUGCUACAGCGCCUGUUCCUGAACCAGCAGAAAGCAAAGACAAAGCUGCACCUGAGAUAAAGGAGGCUGGCGAAUCUCGUCCAACAGCUGAGCCGGUUCUGAAAGUCCUACAAAAGCCCAAGGAAAUGAAAUCUAAAACGAGCGGUUGGUCUCGUCUCAAAAAGCACAUGGUGGUGGAGCAGGAGGAGCCCAAAUUUCCAGAUGCUGAGACUGGACCUGUGAUAGAGGCCACAGGCCAGGACCAGAACAAGGUGACAAAGGGAGACGAGGUCGUCCACAAGCUUGACGCUCAGGAUGAGAACCAAACCAAGGACGCUCCCAAAGCUACAAAGAUGUGGGACGCUGUCCUCUUCCAAAUGUUCUCUACCAAGGAGAACAUCAUGUAUCAAAUUGAGUUAAAUAAAAGUGAGGAGGAGAAGCAGAAUGAGGAGAUCAAGGGGGAGUUGAAGGAGAUACCGUCAUUUGCAUAUCGGCUGCCUGUGCUGCUUUUCAGUCCAAAGUUUGAUGCUAAAAAGUUACGAGAAGCAGCAUCGAGGCCGGUGACAAAAAUUUCAACUGUGUUUGAAAUGGGUCUGAUUGGGCGGAAAGGUAAAGACGAGGAACCAAAAGACUUUAAUCGGACAGCUAGAGGAUUUAUUAAUAGUUAAGCUAUUGUGAAGUGUAAAGAUAAAAAAAAAUUGAAAAAAAGAUAAAGAGAGAUACAUGUUCAAUGUACAGACAACUUAGCAGAACUCAUGUACAGGUCAGGUCUAUCUUAGUCUGUGUUAGACCAGUUACAGUUGUAGUGUUGUAGAAACUUGGACUGAACUUUAUACUUGACAAAUGCCUCGUGUUGCAUUUGUGUGACUGGUUGUCUGGAUUUUUACGUUUGUAUUUUGUGGAUUAGCUUAAAACGUUUUAGCUACAUUUGUCUUAAAGUCAUUCACACUUCACAUCAAAUUAAAGCCCUGACAAUGUUUUCAGUAAUUUCAGGCUUUGUUAUUUGCUCAUUUUGUAUGUUCACACUAAAUUUAGUAUUCGGCUGAAAAAAGACUAAAAUUAGGCUAAAAAUCUGGUGUUGAAACGUAGUUUCAUUUCCACUGGAUCGUGCGGAGGAGCGUUCUGGCUUCACUAUGGCUCGGGGAUUCAUUGUUUGAAUUCAUGCAAAUCAUAUUUAGGGUAAUUUCCACUGACCUGUGUUGAUUCUUUACUUCUCUGUGAGAGAUUUAAAGGUCACAAACUGUUUCUUCAAAUGUACAAAGACAGUUUGAGAAGAGGUCGAAUGCAGCCAGACACCAGACUAAACAAACUGUUUACCGGAAGGAAACAGUUGCCAACAUGUGAGUAACCUACAAUCAUCACACGAAAUACUUGAGAAUUUUAUUCAUUUUGUUUUUCCGUAUGUGAAGAACUCUUCUUCAACCAAAGGUGCUGAAAAUAAAGGUUGGUUGAAACACA